AUGGAGGAGGAAACGUACACGCAACUGCCGCUGGAGAUGGACCCGCACACCAAGGCCAUCUCGGGGCACAACAUCCCGCCGGCGGUCCAGCGCGAGCUCGAGGAGCUCAACCAAUUGCACCGGCAAUUCCUCACGCUUGAGACGCCUGGCCAGACCCCGCCGCCCCCGGUGCCAGUGAACCCCAAGCGCAGCGCCGGCAUCGGCAAGCUUCGCGAGUCGGGAAAUGCGUCGUUCAAGAAGGGACAAUACGCCGAGGCUGCCAAAUUCUACACGCUCGCAAUUGAUGUGGCGAUACAGCGCCCGCAGUGGGAGCCGUCGGGGCUCGUCCGCGAGGAGCUCUCGGCGCUGUACGCAAACCGCGCUCAGGCUUACAUGUCGCUGCAGGACUGGGCCUCGGGCUCCGUCGACGCCGAGACCAGCGUCGAUAUCAAGCGGGUGCAAAACGCGAAAGCCUGGUGGAGGAGAGGCCGCUGCCUGUUGGAAAUGGGCAGGGCGAAGGAGGCCCGCGACUGGGUUGCCCAGGCCCGCGAGUUCGACCCUAACGAGGCGGACCUUCAGUCGCUCGCCAGGGAUAUCGACGCGGCGAUUGAGAAGGGCAAGAGCGACUAG